UUGUAUCCGGCCGGCGCCUUUUCUCUCUUACCCCUCCUCCCUCUCUCCGCCCGUCCCUCCCUCCCUUUCCCCUCAGCCCCCCCGCAUCCUCCGAGCGCCGAGACGGCAGCGCUUCGGAGCUCCCCGGCUGCCCCAUGAAGCGAUGGCGGCGGCCAACUUCGGCAAGAUCCAGAUAGGGAUCUACGUGGAGAUCAAGCGCAGCGAUGGCCGAAUUCACCAAGCUAUGGUAACGUCCCUAAAUGAAGAUAAUGAAAGUGUAACUGUUGAAUGGAUUGAAAAUGGGGAUACUAAAGGCAAAGAGAUUGACUUGGAGAGCAUAUUUUCACUUAAUCCAGAUCUUGCUCCUGACGAAGAUAUUGAACCUAGUCCAGAGACACCACCACCACCUACUCCAUCAGCCAAAGUAAACAAAAUCGUGAAGAGUCGACGAACUGUGGUACCUGUUAAGAAUGACACUCCUUCCCGAGAUAACAGAGUGGUUGGUUCUGCACGUGCGCGACCUACUCAGCUUCCCGAGCAGUCUUCCUCCUCUCAACAGAAUGGUAGUGUUUCAGAUAUAUCUCCAGUUCAAGCUGCAAAAAAGGAAUUUGGACCCCCUUCACGUAGAAAAUCUAAUUGUGUAAAAGAGGUUGAAAAAUUGCAAGAGAAGCGUGAAAAAAGAAGGUUACAGCAGCAGGAACUUAGAGAAAAGAGAGCUCAGGACGUUGAUGCUACAAACCCAAAUUAUGAAAUUAUGUGUAUGAUAAGAGAUUUCAGGGGAAGUUUGGAUUAUAGACCACUAACAACCGCAGAUCCUAUUGAUGAGCACAGGAUAUGUGUUUGUGUACGAAAAAGACCACUCAAUAAAAAAGAAACUUUAAUGAAAGACCUUGAUGUAAUAACAAUUCCUAGUAAAGAUGUUGUGAUGGUACAUGAACCAAAACAAAAGGUGGAUUUAACAAGGUACCUAGAAAACCAAACUUUUCGUUUUGAUUAUGCCUUUGAUGACACGGCUCCUAAUGAAAUGGUUUACAGAUUUACAGCUCGACCAUUAGUGGAGACCAUUUUUGAAAGGGGGAUGGCCACCUGCUUUGCAUAUGGGCAAACAGGCAGUGGAAAAACCCAUACUAUGGGUGGUGACUUUUCGGGAAAGAACCAAGAUUGUUCUAAAGGAAUAUAUGCACUUGCAGCUCGAGAUGUAUUUUUGAUGCUAAAGAAACCAAACUACAAGAAGUUAGAACUUCAAGUAUAUGCAACAUUUUUUGAGAUCUACAGUGGUAAAGUUUUUGACUUGUUGAACAGGAAGACAAAAUUAAGAGUGUUAGAAGAUGGUAAACAGCAAGUCCAAGUGGUGGGACUACAGGAACGAGAAGUCAAAUGUGUUGAAGAUGUUCUUAAACUUAUUGAAAUAGGAAACAGCUGCAGAACAUCUGGACAGACGUCUGCAAAUGCACACUCAUCUCGAAGCCAUGCAGUGUUUCAGAUUAUUCUCAGAAGGAAAGGGAAAUUGCAUGGUAAAUUUUCUCUGAUUGAUUUGGCUGGCAAUGAAAGAGGAGCCGAUACUUCCAGUGCAGAUAGGCAGACACGACUGGAAGGUGCAGAAAUUAACAAGAGCCUUUUAGCACUCAAGGAGUGCAUUAGAGCCUUAGGCCGAAAUAAACCUCAUACACCCUUCAGAGCAAGUAAACUUACUCAGGUGCUAAGAGAUUCAUUCAUAGGAGAAAACUCCCGUACCUGCAUGAUUGCUACAAUUUCUCCGGGGAUGGCAUCAUGUGAAAACACUCUAAAUACAUUGAGAUAUGCAAAUAGAGUAAAGGAAUUUGGAAUUAGUCCUUCGGACAUUCCCUUCUCACAGGGUAGUGGCAGUCGCUCUGAUCUCUCUCCUUCCUAUGAGUAUGACGACUUUUCUCCUUCAAUCACCAGGGUGAAGGAGCUGACAGUCGAUCCAAGUGCCACAGGAGAUAUCCGUCCCAUUAUACAUCAUGCUCCCAAUCAGAUCGACGACUUGGAGACACAGUGGGGUGUGGGGAGCUCUCCACAGAGGGAUGAUCUCAAACUGCUUUGUGAACAAAAUGAGGAGGAAGUUUCUCCGCAGUUGUUUACUUUCCAUGAAGCUGUGUCACAGAUGGUAGAAAUGGAAGAACAAGUAGUAGAAGACCACAGGGCUGUCUUCCAGGAAUCUAUUAGAUGGCUGGAAGAUGAAAAAGCUCUUCUUGAGAUGACAGAAGAAGUAGACUAUGAUGUGGAUUCUUAUGCUACCCAACUUGAAGCAAUUCUAGAGCAAAAAAUUGAUAUCCUGACUGAACUUAGAGAUAAGGUGAAAUCUUUCCGGGCAGCUCUGCAAGAGGAGGAACAGGCCAGUAAACAGAUCAACCCGAAAAGACCACGUGCCCUUUGAAAUGGGCCUUUGCUGCUAAAUGAAUCCACGAACCCAUACUGCUGUAGCACACAUUUGUUACAAAACCCAGUGGCCGUAAGAACUCAACUACUUGAAAGCGUAAAAACGUUAGAAAUGUCUGUGGAAAUGUCCUGUUUCUAAUUCACCUGAAUGACAUUUUCAGUUUUGUGUGAAAUGCUCCUAUGAUGUCUACAAAAUGCUUCUAGACCAGACAGCACAACCAUGCAGGGUUCAGAUCUGUGAAGCACUUUGUUUUAAAAUAUUUCAUUUAUUCAUAUUGUGAAUUUUAUGUUUGGAAAUAUUUGCCAUGUUUUUAAUAACGGAGUAAAACUGUGGCCAUUAAAAUGUCACAGUAUUUCCUUUUAACUAUGUUCAGUUUUGUUACAAAGACCAGCUGUGCAGUUUUAAAUUGUGUUUGUGUGCAUGCACACCUCACUAGUGGUUGUACAUAACUUCUCUUUCACAGACAGCUGUGCUUACCUCUUCCCAUUCUGUGCCUUGAUGAAGGCUACUUAACCCUAGAUGUCCUGUUUCUGAAGCACAGCCUUAAUAAACAACAUUCCUUAUUUGUCAAUAUGAAUUACUUUUAGUGUGUGUACACUUCUAACGUGUUUUGAGAGUUUUUAUUUUGGUGGCUAGUUUCAUUUCACAGGAUGUGCCAUAUCAUUUGAAUAGUAACUGCAAGAGCUGUUAAGCGUGGACAAACAGCUGGACAUUCCAUCUUCCUUGUAAAAAUCUGGAAUCUAGAUUUAUUUGAAUACCAUAAAGAAUGGUGAUAUAAUUCUAACAUUUUCUCUGUAAUAAAAAAAAAAUUUAAAAAAAA